AGUAAACCAUUUUACCCGAAGUGGUUCAAGUUUUAGGCUUCAGUUGAAAAUAGGAGGCUUGUGACUAGGAACCGGAGAUAGCCCGACUCGUCGUUCCUGUCUGGCUUCGUCGUUUUUUGCUAAGACCGACGAAUAAGGAUAACGCCCUUAGUCGUCUUGAUGGUCCUUUAUUGGACAUGAGCGAAGCGCAAACUCAGACCGAGCACUGAUCGCGUUAUGUCGCGAAACUCGCUUAUCAGUUUCUGUCGGUUUCGGUACGAAACGCCAGAACAGGCUCCUCAGCCCGCUAUUACCAGCUGACUGAUGCGAUACGGUUGAAAUUCAGCUUGGAGCGCUAACCGAGGACCCCCGUAGUCGCACUUUCGGGACACCAAUUACCCAUCAGGGCUAAAGCUCUCAACCAGCCUUGAGUCUAUUAAUCAGCUUUGAGUCGAUCAAUCAGCAGCCAUGGCGACGUCAGCGGUUCCGUCGGUCGCAGCGACUCCACGAGAGCCGUCGGAGUUAGUGCUGAAUAGAGUGAGGGAGCUAGUGCUGCAGAUCGUGGCUGGCGGGAAUCACCCCGAGACGAGUCUCUUGCAUCGGCUCGCUGCGAUUAUCGAAGAUGAGGAGCAAUGGUAUCAGCAGCAAGCGGGUUUCUCCUCGUCGAAUCUUCGAGCCUCUUACACUAUCGGGAGAAUCGUCAGCUCACUGCGCGAGGACGACGAUCUAUACGAGCUGCUGACGUCGAAGCUGCUGCUGCAGUCAUGGCGGUCGCAGGAGGAGCGAGCAGCGGGUGCUCGCCUGCUGCUCGCGUGUGCCAUGAGCUUCGUGUACCGCGGAGUCUUCGAGGAGGGGAUUCUGGAACGGGUCAUUGCGUGGGCCGCCCUCUCCACGCGCACAGCCCCUCCCCCCGCGCUGGCUACCACCGCGACCACUGCCACUGCCGCUUCUGGUGCGGGUGGCGCUGGCGGUGGGCAGGAGGAGGAGGAGGAAGAAGAGGAAGAGGAGGACGCAGGGGAGGAGGGUCCGGGAGGUGAUCGAGGGGGAGGCGGAGGAGCUGCUGCUGCUGCUGCUGGCACUGGCGGCGUUGGUACUGCUGGUUCUGGCGGUGCUGCUGCAGGUGGUGCUGCUGCCGGUGGUGUGGGUGUGAGGGCGAGAGCGUCGUCCGUGCUGGCGACUGACAUGCUGAGAACGUUCUCCACUGGCCUCGUUGCUGUGGCGCUCACCUCCAACGAGGCGGCGGUGGAGCAGGUGGUGCGCACGGGCCUCGUCCCCCACCUCGCCCGCCUCCUCCGCAAGCGAGUGCUGGGGCGCGCUGCUGCUCCAGGCGCAGGGGGGGGAAGAGGCGAGGGGGGAGGAGGAGGAGGCGGAGUGGGGGUGUCGGGGGCAGGGACUAUGGGAACGCCUGUGAGCCGAGCGAGCAAGUUGCGUGGGGGUGGCAGCAGAGGGGAGAGCAGUACGGCUGCUACCGCUGCUGCUGCUGUGGCGGCGGCUCAGAUUGCUGGAGCGGCAGCAGCAGGGGGCGUUGGAGAGGCGAGAGCAGCAGAGGAGAGGGGAAAAACAGAGGCUUUUGGUGAGGGGGCGAGUGAAAUUGCCGCAGCACAAGCGGAUGUGGUAAUGGCCACUCCGGCAAAAGCUGCACCCAGCCCCCUUUCCCCGCUUGGGAAGCUGAAAGACGCAGCAGGGAUGACAACAGAAGGGGGCAGAGAGGACCUGGGGAGCAGAGGACGAGGGGGAGGGGGAGGCGCAGGUAGAAAGGCCGGGCUGAAGGGAAGUAAGAUAGAGCAGAGCGCAGGGAAGGGGAAACAGGCUUCAGCUGCUGGAGCUGGCGGGUCCGAGGUUGAGGGGUUAGGGGUUGGAGGUUUCGGGGCUGGGGGUUCUGGGUCUGGGGGUUCCGGGGUUAAGGGUUCUAUGGCGGCUGAGAGCUCCCUCCCCCCUCCGGCAUCUGUAAAGGUGGGGUCUGUGGACAUAACAGAGGCGGUAGCGGCAGCAUGGGAGGCAGCGAGAAUGGAGGCAGAGGCAGCGAAUGCUCCAGCUGAUGUGGUGGCUGCAGCGGUAGAGGCAGCAGCAGAGUCCGUCAAGCAGGCUGCGGCUGACGCCCUGGAGGGGGGGGGAGGGGACGAGGCAGUGGCUGCUGCUGCUAGGAGCGCUGCUGAUGCUGUGACUCAAGCGGCACAGGCAGUGAGUGGAAGCAAGGGCAAGGCUCCAGGGUCAGGCUCCGCAGCUGCCACUUCCUCUGCAGCAGCAGGGGCAGCAGCAGCUGGCACUGAAACCAUUGCCGCGCCAGAAACCGAAACAGAAACAGAGGCAGCCAGGGAACCCGCUGGAAGAACCGCCCAGUCAACCCCAGGAGCAUCACAGCAACACACCACAUCCCCACCACGCUCGCUCCCCUCCCCCAUCUCCGUUCCCGCUCGCCCCGCCUGGCAGCUCACCCGCGCGCAGCUGGCGCAGUUGAGGGAGUGGUACGCGGUGCAGACGCUGGCGGCGCUGGGCGAGUACAUGGAGGUGCUGGGGCCCGUGCUGCACGAAAGGGGCGUCGACUUCUGCCUCGCGCUGCUCAGACGCGGGGCGGCCCUCCCUGCUGCUGCUGCUGCUGGGGCAACCGGUACUGGUGCAGCUGUUGCUUCGGGUGCGGACGGUGUGGGUGGCAGUGCUUCUGGUGUUUUAUCUGGCGCUGGAGACUCCACGGCAGGUGCAGCAGCGCCGUGCAGCGGGCCCAUGAGCGUGCUGCUGCUAGCGGACGUGCUGAAGCUGGUGUGUGCGCUCACAGCUCACCGCAAGUUCGCCACGCUCUUUGUGGACCGGGGCGGCGUGCAGCUGCUGCUCUCGCUCCCCCGCGUUCCCCACACACUCCCCGGCCUUGCUGUCGCGUUCUUCGCCCUCGCCUCUAUCCAGAGUGUCAUGGAGCGUGUAUCUUCCCUCCCGCAGCCCAUCAUCCGCGGCCUCAUCUCCGCGGCUCUGCACCUGCUCCUCUCCCCGCUGGACCACGCGCGCCGCAACACGGCGCUCUUCUUCGCCGCCUCGCUCGCCUUCCCGCGCAUCCUCCUCGAGCUCGACGCCCAGGGGGGACCCGCCUCUGUCAUGGAGCGUGUAUCUUCCCUCCCGCAGCCCAUCAUCCGCGGCCUCAUCUCCGCGGCUCUGCACCUGCUCCUCUCCCCGCUGGACCACGCGCGCCGCAACACGGCGCUCUUCUUCGCCGCCUCGCUCGCCUUCCCGCGCAUCCUCCUUGAAGGGGGAAGAGCAGGGGGGGGGGACAACGGUGCAGGUGCUUCUGGUGCUCUGGGAGGGACAGGCUUGAGGUUGCCAUUCCCUCUAGGCGGUGGAGUGCAUUUUCCGAUUGGGGGUGGACUGCGCCCUGGUGCUGCUACUGCUGGGGGAGAGGCAGAACCAGCAGGAGGGGUAGGAGGGGGGGCAGGAGCAGCAGCAGCAGCAGCAGUAGCAGGUACAGCAGCAACCCUACUACUGGGUCCUCCUGGUGGUGCCAGCACGAUGUCAUCGGAGGUGCUGACCCCAGCGGGCCGGCAGGUGGCGCACAACACGUGCAUUGCUUUAAGGCAGUACAUGCGAGUGCACCUCGUGCUGCAUCUAGAGGUGCUGCACUCUGCCUCUGGCGGUGCAUCCUCCCUCUCCUCCCGCCACCGCACCCACCGCCCUGCUCCCCCUCUCCCUCCCCCUGCUGCUCCUGCUGCUGCUACUGCUGCUGCUUCGCCUGCUCCUGCUGCCGCCUCUGCUGCUGCUUCGCCUGCUCCUGCUGCCGCCUCUGCUGCUGCUUCGCCUGCUCCUGCUGCCGCCUCUGCUGCUGCUUCCGCCCUUCCAUCCACCCCAGCUGCUCCUAACACCCUGGCACCAGCAGCAUCGCGCGCAGCAGCAGCCGGGUCGAGCAGCAGCAGCAGGAGUUUGACCAGGGCAGUGGAUUCGAGCGCACAGGCAGUGGAGGGGUUAAUGGAGGCUCUCAUGGUGUCGGAUAGGAGGUUAGCCCAGGCGUUUGUGCGCAGCCGAUGGGGCGCCGCUGAGAGGCUUGUGGAGGAAGGGGCAGUUGACGUGAUGCUGGAGCUAUGCCAGAUGCCGCCCGGGGAACGAACCACGGGGGAGCUAGCAGAGCAUGCCCUGGGCGUGCUGCACGUGCUCACCCUCGCGCCCUUCACCCACCGCCACGUGCUGUCAGCGCGGGUGGCGUCGCAUCGCUCCGGCAUGGCAGUGCUGCUGGAUGCCGCCAGCGGUGCCCUCCUGGCGGACCCUGAGGUCAUGCAGAUCGCACUGCUCGUUGUUGUCAACCUCGUCUGCCCAUUCCCCACUUACUGUGCAGCUGGUAGCCGGACUGCCAUGCACUCGGGUGCUGCUGGUGGCGGUAGUAGUGGUGGUGCUGCCGCUGGUGGUGCUAAUGGUCCUGCUGCUGCUGCUGCUGCUGCUGGUGUUGGUGCAGGGGGGGCUACUAUUGCUACCCCGACAGGAAACCGUGUACUGCCAAGCAUUACAGAAGGGGCUGAGGCAGGGGCGCAGCAGCAGCAGCAGCAGCAGCAGCAGCAGCAGCAGCAGCAGCAGCAGCAGCAGCAGCAGCACCAACAGCAGCAAGAACAGCAGGACGUAUUUUCCACUCCCGUGCGUUCAACACCAGCAGCAGCAGCAGCGACAGCAGCACCUCCAGCGACACCAGCAGCACCGGUCACACCCGCAACACCAGCAACAGCAGCAACACCUGCAGCUGCCACAGCACCGCCCUUAACCCCUCAGGACCGCAGAAUGCAGCCACUAGGCCUAGGCCUGGGAGGCACAGGCCUAGCAGCAUACAUGGAGCAAGGCUACAGGCAGGCCAGAGACGCCCUCCGAGCCAGCAACGGCAUCCGCGUGCUGCUGCAACUUCUACACUGCAAACCGCCCCUCCCUCCCCCCUCUGCGGAUUGUAUUAGGGCGCUGGCUUGUAGGGUUCUGCUGGGUUUGGCAAGGGAUCCUGCACUGACGCAUAUCCUGACAAAGCUGCAGCUCGGGCGGCAGCUGUCGGAUCUUCUGCGGGACGUGUCGGCCGGGUUGUCUUCGUCGUCUUAUCCUGCGUCCGUGCAGCAUCACCAUCACCAGCAGCAGCAGCAGCUGCACCAGCAUCAGCACCAGCACCAUCACCAUCACCACCGGGGGUCUAAUGCCAUGGGGUUGCAUGCGCUGCAUGCUCGAUGGCUGCAUGAAUUCCAGCAAUCAGCUCUCGAGCUAAUCUCGCUCACUACAAGUGCGGGCAAGGCCACAACAGCAGCAGCCACAGACGCAACAGCGCCCACUCUCAAGAGGCUGGAGCGAGCUGCUAUUGCUGCCGCCACUCCCAUCAGCUACCCCCCCAGCGAGCUCCUUCAACUGAUACACGCCCAUCUGGUGUCCGAAGGUCUGCACCAGUCAGCGAACCAGCUACUUGCCGAAGCAAGCAUCAACCCCCUCGUCCCCACCCCGGCUUCCUCCUCCUCCCUCCCAUCCUCCUCUGUAUCUCCCUCGGAGGUUUCUCCGAGUCGCAACCUCCCCCGCACCCUGCCUCCUCCUCCUCCUCCUCCUCCUCCUCCUCCUCCUACGUCAGCAUCAGAAGUGCCAGCUGGCACUCCUGGUGCUCCAUCCACGCCAGCUGGCACAUCAGUUCCAGCAUCAGCAGCAGCGCCAGGUGGCGCCGCUGGAUUGACUGCGGACACAGCAGGGGGGCUGAGUUGGCUGAAGGGGAAGGCUGGAUGGUUCUGCUCGCUAGGGAGAAAUGGUGAGGGGAGGUGGGGGGGGGGGAGAAGGCAGGGGAGCGAGGGGAGAAGGGAGCGGAGGGAGGGGAGAGGAGUGUGGGUCGGCAGAGAGGGGUGGGAAUGGAUAGAAGUGGUGCGAGUGCGAGUGGGAGUGGAAACGGAAAGGAGGAGGAAGGGCAGCUGAAGAGGCGACUAUCACUUGGCAGCACGCUUGCAGAUUGGGCUAGAGGCA